AUGUGUCAUUAUCACAUUAUAUCCUAUCAUUUCAUUAUCAUUUCUAUAAUUAUUAUUCCUACUAUAGCUAAUCCAGCAAUUGGCAAUAUUUAUGAAAAACCAAGCAAAUACUUCACAUAUAAAAAUGAACCGGAUAAUUAUGGUUUUAUGCCGGAAGAAUAUUUCAAUACGGCCAAACGUUCCAGGAAUUCCUAUUCAUGGAUGAGUAAUUCAGCCAUCAAAUCACAACCACGUAAUAUGCUGAUCGUUUUAGAGAAGCCAGCACCAUUAAAUCCAUAUUCCUGGCAAUAUAUGAUGAAAAAAAAGAACCAAAUAAUUUUACGAAAUCCUUAUUCAUGGAUGAAUAAUCAUAACAAUUGA